AAAAUAAUAUUAUAAUUAUGUUUAUUGUAGAUAUUAUCUGCCAUGUAUAAUAUACUUAUCGAUGUUAUCUGCGUACUACAAUAAUUGUAUUACUAUAUAAGCGUACUACGUUAGUAUAGAAAUUUGUGAACUGUUCAUUGUUAAUUGUUAUACGCUUUACCACUAUUCAGUAAAAUUCACUUAGCCACCGAGUUGUUGACAAGUAAUUAAAGCAAAUACUUAAGUAUUUAGUUUAUGUUUGAAACUAUUAAACAACAUAUUACAAAUUCUUCGUAAAAAAUAAAUUACUUUUAUUUCGAACUUAUAUUAUAUAGUAUCGCUUUUAUUUUAAACAAUGCCUAUGGACUGUAUGGAUAACGUGAACUUGGGAAACUGUUUGUGGUUUGAAGGAGGAAGUGAAAAAAGAAAUGUUGUUGCUGGGAUGAUAUCAGGACUUCUGUUUGCAGUCGGAUGGUGGCUAAUAAUUGAUGGCAUGGCUGUAAACCCUAGUCAAGUACCCGGUACUUAUCACAUAUGUGGAUUGGUUGGAACAUUUUCAUUGUUUAUGAUUAACGUAGUAUCUAAUUCUCAAAUUCGAGGAGAAGCUUACUCAGGAGGAUGGUUUGGACCCAGAGGAGCACGUAGUUGGUUAUUUAUGGGUUUUGUAUUAGGUUUUGCUGCUUUGAUUGCUGCUUGUUGGAUAUUUUUUGCUGAUUUUGUAGCAGCCAAAAGUUCAGUUAAACCAAAUAUGACAGUUGGAUUUGAACUGUUUUUUCAGAAUGCUUUUAUAUUUGCUGCUUCUCUGAUUUACAAAUUUGGUCGUGUGGAAGAUCAAUGGUAAAGAAAACAUAAUAUUUAAAUGAUUAAUGUGGUACUACUUUAAAAAAAAUACAUAUUCAAUUUCUACAAAAACUUAAUUGUGUGUAAUAACUGAUAAGUAUUUAAGACUAUAUAAUUGUAAAUAUUUUUAUUUUAAUACAAUUUUAGUUGUAUAUUUAAGAAAAUGCAAAUUAGUAGAUUAACUUAUUCAAAUUUUAAUCUUAAAUAGAAAAAAAAUUAAUUAUCUGCUUAAUUUAUUGAUUUAAGUUUUUAUUAUAAUAUUUUUUAUAGGACCAAUCUAUUAAAUAUAUUGAGUUCUAUUUCUGAAAAAAAA